AUGACAUCACUCACCAAAGGGGAUUCCCACCAGCUGCUGACCCUGGGCACCCCCAGAUUUGACGAAUCUUCCGAGUGGUCGAAGGCACGUUGUCCGAAACUUGUUAAAAACGAUCGGAUGGACUUAAAUCCAGGAUUGUCAACGAUAUUUAGUACACGAUCGAAUCCAAGAUCUUACGCUCGGUCGGCCACAAAGAGAAACGUUCCCGUUCGGUUGCGGUGCCGUGUGACUGAUAGCAUACCGUUUUACGGCAAUAAAUGUACUGGAGGAUGUCGAACCAUGAAAAAGUUCUUACGCACCAGCCUUCGGAGGAAGACUCCUUCCCCCGACCGCAAAUCGAAUCAACACGAGGGGCCCACGUUAACUUAUGAUAUCAAGGAAAAGGAGUUACCGAAACUUCAUAAAGCGGCCUGGAAUGGUGACCUGAGCAAAAUAAAGCAAAUCGCUAAAAAGGGAGAUUUAAAUCAACUGGACAAGGAGAACAGGUCAGCACUUCACCUGGCUUGUGCUCAAGGACACACUGAUGUGGUUCAGUAUUUGACGUCCAAUAAAGCCAAACUGAAUGUCUGCGACAAUGGUCAGCAAUCGCCUCUUAUGAAAGCAGUACAAAGUGACAGUGUGCAAUGUGUGAGGGUUUUACUAGAGCACAAUGCUGAUCCUAAUCUGAUUGAUAAAGAUGGCAUGACUGCUCUACAUUUAGCUGCACAGUCCAGCUCAGCUGAUUCCGUCUCAUUGUUAUUAGACAGUGGUGCUAUGGUCAAUGCAACCGAUAAGAAUGCUUGUACUCCUUUACAUCUUGCCACAUCAGCUGAUAGUGAUGAUGUUGUAGAGUUGUUAUUACACAAAGAUGCUGACGUAAAUGCGACUGAUCAAAACCAAAGGACGCCAUUGAUGCUUGCCUGCCAAGCUGAUCAGAUCGGUAUUGUUAAAUUAUUACUGGAGAGUAAAGCCGAUACUGAAAUCAAAGACAGUAAAGGUUGGUCAGCAGCUGAUCAUGCUGUGAUGAAGGCCCACCAUGGAUGUUCUCACUUGAUCAAUGAGCACAGUGCAGCCCAUCGUGCAAAACCUGUUAGUAGACAAGGUGGUAUGUUCCGGUCACCUGGCGCACCAAUUGUUGGAGCACCAGAAAAUGGUCACAUCGGAGGAUACGGUCUUGGUGGCCCUGCUGCUGAUGCUGGAGAGGAUGUACUGUCACAAGAAGAGGAGAGUGUUAGUAGAAUGUCUGAAUUACAUGAUUCCUGGGGAGAUACAUCAGAAGCGGAUGAUACCUUCAGUGUACCCAGAAAACAGCAGAUGCCAAGUGGUGUUAAUCUUGCUAAAUAUGUAAAGGGGUCCGACACAGAGUCAGCCAGCACUACUGGAGCAGGUAAAAGUCGCAUUCCAAGAGCCAUUUCCAAAGAAAGUGUUGCAAGCAUUAGCAGUAAGCAAGGAUCUAACAUUGAUUUUACUGACAGUAAAAUACCACGACUACAACAAGACAAGAGGUCUGCAAGUCCGGUGCUAACCCCGCGCAGUGAACCGCCACAUACGCCAAGAAGUACUGCAGAUACUGAGGCUGAUAGUACUGUAAAUUUCUCUGAUGGUGAUGAUGUGAUAGAAGACUUAUCGUUGCAAGAGUACAACCCCGGCAUGCCUGAUACUGGCCUUGGAGAUCAAGCAAGCCAAGUACAAUCUGCAAAGCCAGCAAAUGAUCCAGACAUGGCAGACGAGAAGAAAAACAAACAAAGCGCUCUCGCUGCUGAACUUGGACUUGACGACUUUGACGAUUCACAGUGGGAUACUAGCAUUAUAGAAUCUGAACAUGAUGAACCCAAAUCACCAACAGUAGCAGAGUAUCCCACCGUGAAAAGAAACACUCAGAGUGUAACAGAGGAUACACCUGUGGAAUUCAAGGUCAAUGUCUCCAAAGAUCAAGAUGAUGGUGACUUUGAUUGGGAUUCAGAUGAAGAUCUGCUGCCCUCACAUUCAUCUAAUAGAAGAGGUGGUAGUGCAGCCAGUACACCACGCGGUGUAUCACUAGAUAUGUCUCCAAGACCAGUGCCACUGAGUAAAACCUCUCCAAAGGCAACAGAAGAAUCUGAUACAGUAAUGUUCCUUGGCAAGGGGCCAGCAAAACAAACAACGCCUGUGCACAAGGACGAUGAGGUGUCUGGAUUUGAUUCGGAUGAAGAAACUGAAGAAACCGAAAGCGAAUGGGAGAAAGAAAGGAAAGCUGAAAAGGAAAGGAAGAGAAUUGAACAAGAGCUGAAGGAAGAACAAGACAGAGAGAAAGAGAGGAUGUUGCAGUGGGAGCGAGAUGAACAAGAGAGAAAACAGAGAGAAGAGCAAGAAGUGAAAGCUGCUUUAGAGAGAGAGAAAGAACAACAGAAGAGAGUUGAGAUGCAGAGGAUGAGACAAGAUGAAGAGGAGCAUCGUAGAGAAGAGGAAGAAAGGCGAAAACAGACUGAGAAGUUGAAAGAGAUUGAGAGACAAAGAGAAGAAGAGAGGCGACAGGAAGAAAAACGAAAAGCAGCACAGAAAAAAUUGGAAGAUGACAGGAAGCGGAAAGACGAUGAAGAAAGAAGAAGAGUUGCAGAGGAAGAACUCCGGAAUGCAGAGAUCCGACAAAGACUGGACGAAGAAAGGAGAGAAGCGGAAAGAAAAAGAAAGGAGGACCAGAAGAGAACAGAGGAUCAUCGAAAAGACAUGCAGAGGAAACUGGAGGAGGAAAAACAGAAGUUGGAGGAAGAUAUGCUAGAGCGAGAGAGAAAGCGUGAAAUUGAGAGGAAACAGUUGGAAGAGAAGUACAACAAAAGUGUGGAGGAACGAUUGGCUGCUGAUGAUAGAGCCACAGAUUUGGAUGAUAGUUUUAGCGAAAGCUGGAGUGCUCAACCAUCACCAGUACCCGUUAGAGCAUCGAGUGGCCUUGGUUACAGUACAUCAGGAAGAUCACCAUCACCAAAACGUGCAUACACACCAGCAUCAAAUAACCUUAGCUGGAAACGCGUUCUGACGGAAGACGCUGAUGGUCUCUCGUACUCUGACACGGAUACAGAAGGUGAUUUCAAUCACUCACCUUAUUCAUCAACACCAUUACCUCUACAUUCCAUCUCAUCACCAACCACUCACUCAGCCACAGAUCCUGGUGUGAUGUUACAGAUGCAGGAGAGCUUACGUGAUCAUCGACGUCUUAUUGAUAGAGAACGCAGUGCUAGAAUCACCUUAGAAACCAAAGUGAAAAAAUUAGAGAUGGACAAAACUGAGCUUUAUAGGAAAAUUGAUAGUUUGUCUGAGUGCAAAUCUACACUAGAAGAAGAAAAAGUGAACCUGGAAGCUAAAAUCAGAAAUCUUAAUUAUACAUUGACUGAAGAAACAGACAGAGUGAAAAGUGCUGAAUUGAUGCUAGAGAAAACCAAGGAGCAGUUAGAUAGAAAAGAGCAACAAUACUUACAAGAGUUGGAGAGCAGACAGAAAUCUGAAUUAUCAUCCAGGACCUUGGAGAUGGAACUCAAAAGUUCAUUGAAUACCAUAAAACAGUUGCAAGAAGACAAUGGUGAAACACGAAAAGAACUUGCCCAAGAACGUAGUGCCAGGAUCAUACAAGAACAACUCAGUCAAGAUCACACUAAAAUUCAUGAAGCGCUGCAACAGGAAGCUGAACAAUUUCAGGAAGAAAAGGCUGAAAUAUUCACUAGACUGGAAGCUGCUGAUGAGAAUCGUAAAUCCGCUUUAGACCACAGUGAUAAACUCAAAGCUGAAUUGUAUGGGCUAAAAAUGGAGUUGGAAAGAGUUAGAAUGAGAUACAAAGACGACCAAGGUAUGCUGGCCAUGGAAAAUGAAGAAAUGAACAAUCGUGUCGACGAACUCAAGAAUGAUAUUAGGUUGAAUGAGGAAGCAUUGGCCCACGCUACAAUGACUUACAAUGCACACCUUGGUGCAGCUAAAGCUGAAAACAACUUACUGGUGACAAACUAUGAGAAAGAGAAGGCUGAGAAAGAUAAAUUACAACAAGAGGUCAAGAAUUUGAAUACACGAGUAACCACAUUAACUCAUGAACUAGAGAGGGCGCAGCAAACGAAGAGUGAUGUAGAACGUGUUCCAGAUAGUUCUAGUCAACGAGACCGUGAUGAACUGCAGAGGGCGAAUGAGAGAUUAGAAAUGGAAUUGUCCAACCAAAGAGAUAGUCUACAGUCGAAGUCACAGAGCCUUGGUGCGGCUGAAAGCAGAGUGAAGAGUUUAGAACAUGAGUUACACAUAGCAACUCUUAACAUGACUGAGAAAUCUGGUCAGUUAAUAUCCUUACAAAGAGAACUGGAUCAGAGAAAAUCCAUGUUGGAAAGUGUGGAGAAGGAAUUAAUGAAAGACAAGGAAGAAAAAAUCAAAAUGGAGGCCAAGUUGGAAUCUGCCAAUGACAGACUGGCAAGUACACAGAAUGAAUUAUCACAAAUGAAGUAUGAAAGCAAUGGCAGCCAAGGCAAAUUAGAUAAUCUACUGACGUCGAUGAAGACAGAUUACGAUAAAAAUAGAGAAAUGCUGCAAGAAAAGAAUGCUAUGUUGAACCAGAUGGUGGACAGACUCAAUAACGACUUGCAGAGAUUGGAAGAAAAAAACAGUAAACAAGAGCAACACAUUGGUCAACUGCAACAGGAGCUAGCUGAUGUUAUCAAAAAACUUUCAACUGCUGAGGUAAUGGUUGAAUCAUCAUCUAAGGAAUGCGCUAAGCUUGAAAGGGAGAAGGAAUCACAUGCAAACAUACAUCAACAGCUUAUUGAUUCUGAGAAGGAUCGGGCAGAAUUGGGUCACCGAACGGGAGACCUGCAGAGUAGACUGGAACAGGCUGAGAAAGCCUUACAGGACACAACACAAGAACUCGUCAAGGCCCAGGAACUCAUUGAGAAGAAACGAGAAUUGGAAGAAAAUAUGCACCAGCUUGAGAUUGAAAAGACAAAACUGUUGUCAAACACAGAUCAUGAUACUAAAAAAAUCUCGAUGCUGGAACAAGACUUACAAGAUUCACAGAAGGUGCGUGGCAGUCUAGAAGCUCUGGUGGCUAAUCUUAAGAGUGCAAACAUUCACUUGGAAGAUAAGUUGAGUGAGGAGGUUGCGGCACGAAGUCUGUAUGCGAGGGAAGCCGAAGAUCACAAAGGACUAUGGGAAAAUGAAGUCAAGUCGCGAUCCAAAUUGGGAUUGCGAAUGGCUCAGCUGGAGAGAGCACGUACUGGUGUGGAAGAUCAAGUGAGCGAGGGGAAAAUGAAAAUAAGGAAAGCACUGGAGUUGAAGCGACAAGCGGAUGCUAAGGUUGAACAGGAAGUACAAAAAAAUAAACAACAACAGAAAGAAAUCAAUAUGUUGAAAGCAGCACUGAAAUCGGCAAAAAAACGACUGAAGGAUUUAGAAGCCCCAGAGAUGCGUAUUAAGUCUAUACAGGCAGACAUGGACCACGAACGCAGAACGUUUGACGACACCAUCGGUAGUCUGCGUCGUCAGAAUGAAGAGAUAAACCAUCAGUUACAAUUAGAGAAUGAUAUGCGUGCCAGUGUGGAAGCCAGCCACCGACAGAUGCAAAAUGAACUCAGCUCAACCAAAAACAUGAAACGGGAAAAUGAAAAGCUACAGAAGGCUGUUAAAAAGUUGCAGGAUCAACUCUCCAAAGUCAAGUCAAGUUUAGGAAAUGAAUUUAUUGAGAAAGAUGAAAUGGAUAAAUUCAAACAAAGUGUAGAAUCUCAGGCCAGGCAAGAAGUUAAUAAAAAACUUGAAGAAGUAAACAACUAUCUGGAAGAGCAGGCACAGGCCAGGGAGAGAUUAGACCAAAUAAGAGACGCUAAUGAAAUCAGGAUGAAAAGUGAUCAUGAAAAACAAUUGAAUGAUAUGAGGACUGACAUAGCUAGAAUGAAAGCAGCUAAUCAAGAGAGUCUUGUACAGAAAGAAACUCACGAAGCAGAAGCUCAGAGAUUCAAGGAAUUAUACGAGAGUGAACUGAGAAUGAGAGAGAAAUUAACCGACCAACUGGAAAGAGCAACUGAGAAAAUGACAGAUGCUAAAGCUCAACUCAGCAUGGAAAGACAGCGAAGUCGGCAUUUGGCAGAAAACAGUCCAGAUCUUGGCGGUAGUUUUAUGCAGCCUGGUAUGGGGACUGCCAGUGUAGAUCCAAUAACACAAAAGGUUCGAAAUGAGCUGGAUAGAAGUAUUGCCCGCCAUUUAGGUUCAUUAGAUACAAGUCCAGGAGUUAUGCAGGAAAACAUGCCAAACAACUGGGAUUCUAAAAAUGGCAGUCUUUCACCGCUAGAUAAAGCAAAUUCGCAAUAUAUGUCAGUACUUCGGAAAAACUACUUCAUCUAAGAGUUGGAAUUAUAUUUUUUAUGAAUGUACAUAAGAUGCAUAUUCAGUAUUGAAACCUUCCCUCCAUUAUGAAUGAAAUUUUUAAUAAUAUAUACAAAUUUUAAUAUGCAAAGUGUAACAAUUAUUAUUAUUAAACCAUGGCAUGUAUUU